CUUUCAGCUUCAAUAUUGUCACCAGGACCAGGGCUCACUUGAGAAUUUCACCAUCCGAUAGUUAAACUCAACUCAUCUGUUCUUCUACUGUUUAAUAUUCAACCAUGGCAACGGGGACCAAGUGGCAUCCGUUGCCUGUAUUUCCAGGCCUGCCGGUCCUCAUGAUCUCACCGCACUUUGAAUCUUCGUCAUACACACUCCACGUCACCGAUCUUGCCAACGUAUGGGUCGAGAGUCUUGACCGAAAGGGUAUCCUAUUACGAAGUUUACAGGAAGAUACGAGUAUUGAUUUGAGCCUUGGAGAUCCGACUCAAUGGACUGAGUUUCUUUCCAAGCUCAACGCCGCUUUUGAUCCCACGUCAAAAGGCUACGAUAAGACUAGUCUUAGUAUAGCUGCCUCGUCGUCAGAUAGUCUCAUUCUCCACGUCACUUAUGUGCUACCUAAAGGUUUCCAGCCACUUAAAUGGCCCAUUCACCUAACAAAAUGCCCGCCUGCUGGUCUGGCCUCGGAGUUGGUAUUACCCCUAAUCCAAGCACAACAUGUACGGACUCUAGAGAUCGAGGACCUCGUAACGAGACUCAAGGAAAAGGACGCCGUUAUCGCUAAGCUAGUCGACAAGUUAGAUGCCAUGGGAAUCGGACUAGACAAAGUCUUCAAUGCACUGUCUGGCAAACGGAAAGUCAAUCGUGAAAUGGCUGGGGACAAGGUCAAGGGUCUCGCUGUUUUUGAUGAAGGCAACUGGAGCUCAGCAUUGAGUGCGAACCAAGAGCCUCCUCAGGACGUGUCCUCUUUGGUCCACAUGGCCUUUCCAAAAUCGGGGUUGCCCGGUGUACACGCAAAGAAUAACGCCUCUGCCCAACUCAACGACUGGUGGACCAAGAUCGGCUCUAGCCCAAAAGCCGCCAUAAGACCUCAGAUGGAAACAUCAAAGGAGUCUCAAGACGCACCUUCGCACAAUACGAAAACGGCUGGGGAGAGGGAUGAUGACGACUUCCAGGUUCAGGCUACCCCACCUCAUAUCCAGUCCCGCAGGCAACAGCAAAGUAACACCCAGACCGCUGAUGAUACAACGGAUGACGACGACAGCCUAGCAAUAAUUCCUGAUAGUCUUCCAGCACCCUCGCCAGACAAACCUCGUCCCCGGAUUGGUGCUCUUGGCGGAAAACGUGCCAACCAAGAGAACUCAGCGAGCCAAUCUUCUCGUACCAUCCCAGCUGAUGAAGAUGAAACUCAGUCAGAGUCCGAACCAGAACUAGCACAGCCCAAGUUUCGUAACCUACCGGAUUCCCCGUUAGGGACAAUCCGUAAACCAAAAGAGGCCUCGCCUCCUCCAGCAGACUCCUCCCUCGUCCCCCCACCCAACGAUGACGACGAUGAAACGGCAUCUAGCUCUGACUCUGAUAACAAUAAAGGGGUAACGUUUGAGGCGCGACCCUCUGCAGCUGCACAACCUACUCUAGCCCAACGAAAUAAGGUCGGGCUAGGACGGAUAGGUGGCAAGUCUAACCUCCGGGCCACACCAGAGCCACCCGGAGCACAAAAUAUGACGACAACUAUUGAAGUGGAAAGCCCUAAAGCAGCUACGAGUCCUGCUAAACCUGCGGGCCGAAAGAUCGGGACCAUUGGUCACAAGGCUGGCGCAGAUGGAAAACGAUACCGGCCAGAGUCAUCCGCAGAAGCCGCGGAGCCCGAGACGGAGGAGCAGAAAGCAGAACGCAGAAGAGCAGAGAUAGCCAGAGAUCUCGAACGUAAGGCUACAGCUCCAACGAAGAAGAAGAGGAGAUUUUGAGGCGCGGCUUUUACAUUGAAUUGGUGGCGUUCAUAGAUACCCAGAUUGCCAUUGCGCUUGAAAUUGAAUAUCGCGACUCUUUGCCCUGUCAUGUUGGAGCUAUGGAUACAAGACUCUCUUUACCUUGUGCUAGAUUUAGCCAUCCCAGCGGUUUCAACGAAGCA